GCUAGCGGGCUGGCUGACGAAACGUCUUCUGUGCUUUGUUGUGUUCGCGAACCUUCUACUUCCUUCAACUUUCUCCCUUAUGAGAUUUUCUACUGCAGGUGGAGGUCGAAGGAUGUUGGCAGUGUAUUUGACAUUGGGGGUGGUGAUGGUUGAGAAGUCAGCCACACAACCUACCUCAUCCACCACACUCCACCAAACCACCAUCACCACACACUCCCACAACUACCGUCCGACUACAACCACAUUCCCACACACCACCACCGCCACACUCUACCACAAACUCGCUAAAACCACAUUCCACGCCCACCACAUUAGAGAGAAUCCAGCAAAGGACUCUACGGUACUCAACCAGCCACCACCAAAGGACUCCACCGUAUUCAACCAGGCAUCAACUAAGGACUCUCUAAACCUGUUAGGAGACCAGCAGAAGGUCCUUAAGACAAACAUACAAUCAGCUUCUAUCAUGGCGUCGACCAGGGUGACUCAGGACCCACAAACAAGGCGUGAUCCAAGUCUUACAGAGCCAUUGACAUUAUUACCCGAAAACACCGAAAACAAAACCCACCACACAUUACCACAAUCCUCCAUUAAUAGCAUCACCUAUAAACAAGCUGACGGAGAUCUCGACGAAGUGCUCCAGUCAGCGAGAAUACCUCCAGCAUGGGGCAGGUUAAGACCCAGACGGGAUAUCCCAGGAAGGAUAUCUCACACUACUGGGAUUCUGGAACACGGGGAUGGGAUGGGUCCUCUGGGGAAUUCGGUUAUACGAAUGGACGUCGAGGAACCACCUGCAGAAGAGGUGGCCGCCAUGAUCUCAGACGCCGUGACCCAUCACUUAGCUGGCUGUCAUAAGGUGGUGUUGUAUGUGGAACCCUACGGAAACCUGGUGGAGGCGGUGGUGAAGAGCCUGGAGGAGGUGAGACAGGUGUGGGAGUUGGACACCUUCCUGACCACACCUCCGCCCUCACACACCAUCUUCACCACCACUCAUCACCAUCACGCCACCACCACCCUCUGUGUUGCAAUCAUAGUCCUCGCUGACCUACAGAGUGUUGGGCGAGCGACGAAGGCGGUGCAACGGGGCAGGUGGUUCCAAGGCUCCCACAAGCAGGUGUUGGCGUAUACCGGGGCCUCCCUCAACCUCCAUACCCUCACUCAACACCCUUACCUCGGGUCAGGAUAUGGGAUAGUGGUAGUGUCAUGGUGGCCGAGGGAGGAGAACGCCCUUACACAGCACCAUCACCAGCAGCAGGAGGAGAAAGAAGAAAACGAGAUUAGUGGCCCACGUGUAUAUCACCUAUUGUCCCCCUGCCCCUACUGCCGUGACGGAGGCGCUGAAGUGGUGCUCAUUGAUGAGUGGCAGCCUGGUGGUUGUGGCUUCGUGUUGGGGAAUUCUCUAUAUCCCGACACGUUCAAGAACUUCCAAGGCCACAGGUUCAACAUUGUCACCCUUGAGUACGCCCCUUUCUCCUGCUACGACAAGGCGAGCGACGGAGGGGCUGAGGAAGGGGAGGUGGUGCUGAGGGACUGUGUUGACACCAGGAUAUUGAACGCUCUGGCCUCGACACUAAACUUCACCUACAAUAUCAGGGAACCAAGGGAUCAUCAAUGGGGCUACAGGCUAGACAACGGCACUUAUACUGGAGUAAUCGGGGCGGUGGAGAAGUACGAGGCAGACUUCUCCCUCAACGUGGCUUUUACCGGGGAUCGUGAGAAAGUAAUCGACUAUACAGUGGGGUAUUUCUACGACCCCCUCACCUUCUGUACUACUAAGCCACGACCCCUCAACCAAGUCCUCGCUCUCAUCAGGCCUUUUCAACCCCUGGUGUGGGCAGGGUUCGUGGGAGUGUCGAUGGUAGUAGCCCCGCUGUACUACUUGGCGGGAACGGUAGAGAGAAUACCCUCACUUAACCUCAAGUCUCCGUCAAUCUCAAAAGCCUUUCUCAAAAUCUACGGCGCCUGUCUCUCUCAGAGCUGUAGGUGGUCAGGAGAGAACGGUCCGCGGGUUCUGGUCGCGGCCUGGCUGGUCUUCUCUAUGGUGACCCUGACUUCUUACGUGGCCAUGUUGACUGCGUCCUUGACCCUGCCCACACUCUCACCCACACUCAACUCCCUCGAGCAGCUGGUGGAGUCUGACUUCUCGUGGGGCAUCCAGGACCAGGGCGCCGCGGACUACCAGCUGUUGAAGUCGUCGAGGGUGCCACUGUAUCAGAAGGUGUACCGGGGCCUACAGGUGUGCCCCUCCCUGGAUGAGUGUCUUGCGAGGGCCAGGGACACCAAGUACGCCUUCAUCACCUGGAGACUGUACAUGGAGGACAGGAUAGCUAUAAGGUUCACAUCAGCGACGGGAGAGCGACAGCUGCAUGUAGCCACCAAUGACUUCUUCCCCUCGGAGAUUGGAUGGGCGAUGAACCCCGGGUGUCCCUUCCGCGGGAAAUUCAACCAGCAGAUCCGUCGUCUGUUAGAAGGUGGACUCAUCACUAAGUGGCUCUUGCAGAUAAUCAACGACCCCAAGAGACGCGAGGUGGUUGAGGGCGAGGAGGUGUUGGAGGGCGAAGAGGUGCCACGUCGAGAAGGACCUCAGCGCCUGGGUCUAGACCAACUCCAGGGGGUCUUCUACAUCCUCAUCUUAGGUGACAUCAUCGCUUCGCUUUUGUUUGUGGUGGAAUUCUAUAAACACUCUCCCUGAUGACGAAACAGUUUAACCCCGAUAAGAGAAAAUAAGAAUCAAGUCGUGUUUAUCCUCUGUCCGCCCAUACAAAACAUAUCCAUUCAAUAGCUAGAGAAAUUAUUUGCAGAUGUAAAUGAAACUUAAAAUACAGGUUCAUAUCAUUAAUAUCCAGGUGUCGUUUGAUAAUUAGUAUUGUUUAUAUUUAUUCACUUGAGUAAUGUCUCACACUUAGCCUUUGUCAGUGACCAACAUCACCUUUCUGAGAGUGUGCGGUAGAAUAUGUAAUAGGAUUCACUAAUACAGUACCUAGUAAUUUUUAAAUUUGCAGCAUAUACAGUAAUCAGAUAUCAAAAGUGUUUUAAAGAUGAAAUGCAACUCUCUUGUACUUCAUAAAUAAUUUUUUCACCAUUUUUGUAAUCUUUUCCUAAGUAACAAUGAAAGUACAAUAUGCUGAAAUGCUGUAA